CCCCCUCUCUUUUUAGCAGCCACAUACAAGUCGGCCAUAUUAGAGAGAUGGAAAUAAAGCUUCCUUAAUGUUGCAUAUGUCUUUGAAGUACAUCCGUGCAUUUUCUUUUUUAGCAUCUAACCAUUCCUCCCUUGUCGUCCUUGGUCCCUCAAUCACCCUUUCCCACAGCCCACCUGCCUAACAUCACAGUCUCUGAAAAUGCACAGGGAUGCCUGGCUACCUCGCCCUGCCUUCAGUCUCACGGGGCUCAGUCUGUUUUUCUCUUUGGUGCCCCCGGGGCGGAGCAUGGAAGUCACAGUGCCCACCACUCUUAGUGUCCUCAAUGGGUCCGAUACCCGCCUGCCCUGUACCUUCAACUCCUGCUACACCGUGAACCACAAGCAGUUCUCUCUAAACUGGACUUACCAGGAAUGUAGCAAUUGCUCAGAGGAGAUGUUCCUCCAAUUCCGAAUGAAGAUCAUUAACCUGAAACUGGAGCGGUUUGGAGACCGUGUGGAAUUCUCGGGGAACCCCAGUAAGUACGAUGUGUCGGUGACUCUAAAGAACGUGCAGUUAGAAGAUGAAGGCAUUUACAAUUGCUACAUCACCAACCCUCCGGACCGCCACCGUGGCCACGGCAAGAUCUACCUGCAGGUCCUUCUAGAAGUGCCCCCAGAGCGGGACUCCACGGUGGCAGUCAUCGUGGGUGCCUCAGUGGGGGGGUUCCUGGCUGUGGUCAUCUUGGUGCUGAUGGUGGUCAAAUGUGUGAGGAGGAAAAAGGAGCAGAAGCUGAGCACGGAUGACCUGAAGACUGAAGAGGAAGGCAAGACGGAUGGCGAGGGCAACGCGGAAGACGGCGCCAAGUAACCGGAAGCCCGCCCUGAAGCCCCUCCCUGUGCCCUGUCUCCUCUCACUCUCCGCCCUGUACAGUGUGACCCUGCCUGCUCUCUCCCUUGGUGUGCUUCUCUUUAAGAGGACCCCAGGAUCGACCUGGGGCCUCACUUCCCAUGCCCCCACCCCAUACCAAGGGUGACCGCCCUCCCUUUCAUCUGAAAACUGCCUUGGUAUCUGAGAUACGGGAGUCCCAGGGAGAACAGAGAAGGGCUCUAGCCUGUCAGUCUUUGAGGAGGAAAGACAUGGGUGUGGUCCCAAAGACAGGAUGGGGGAGAGAGGGCAGCGGGAGAAGAGGUCGGAUGCCCAUCUUGUCUAGGGUUUGGUCUGGUGGCGGUUUAAACUGUGGGAGUAGCAGUGUGUGUGGUGAGGGGUUCUGUGCUGACCAGAGGCACCCUGGGGAUGACUCGUGAGGAUGGCUUUGCUGUAUUCCUCUGGCUACUUCUAGCCCGGAACAGCCAUCAGUUGGAGAUGAAGGUGGGGUCCUACCAUUUGUGAAAUCAUUACUUAAAGGGAUGACUGUGCGUUCUCAGGGCACUCAAGGAAAGAUAGAGCUGAGACAGUUCUGGACACGAGCCUUGUUCUUGGCCUCGUUUCUAUCACUAGACACUCCCAGAGAGGCUCUGGCUUACUGUUGCCUACUGCUCCUUUGGGGAUGCCAGCAUCAAGUAGGAUCAUAUCCUACCCUAGGGCUGCCUCUUAAGAGACCCGUGAGGGAUUGAGGGGUGCCGGCUGCACUGCAUACAUGUCUGCCUUCUCAAACAAGAUCGUCACCUUGGCCUCAGCCAGCAGCCUCACACCUGUGGUGUGUUUUGGGGGCGGGGCGGGGCUUGUGUAUAGGGGCGACUUCCUGCAGGGCUUUAGUUUGGGGGUUUCUAGUUGCCCUUGGCAGGGUUUGCUGCCUGGCUUUUGGCAAGAUGGAAGAGAAGGCUGGAACGCAUGAAACAUGAGAGCAUGCUGAAGGAGCCUCUGAACCCUGCCCCCCCCCCCAUCCCCGCCCUAGGACUCCCUUUGUAGGGGAGAAAGUCGCUCCUGUGAGAAGCCAACAUUCACUGCCGUUUUACUAUCAUCAUAAGGGACUUAAGUCCAGAGACAUUUUACCAUCAUUAUAAGAAACUUGUUAUAAGUCCAGAGAUGGGAGAAAGGCAGGGCAGAAACGGCUAGUCGGAGAGCAUCGUUUUGGGACAUACUCAGAGAACUGGCACAGAGCCUCCUGCAGCUAGGGAGACUGAAGUGCCAAGUGACCGACAGAAGCUGAAAGCAUUAUGCCUGUUCUGGUUCCUUGGUCCCCAAUUAGAAUAAAUAGAGCUUCCUGGUGGGAGAACCUCAAGCCUAGAAGGUGUUUGUGCAUGAUAGUUGGUGAGGUUCAUCUAGUCCUGCUCCCCUUCCAGGAACUCAGCCCCCACAAGCUCAGGGAGUUAGCUGUUCAGGGUAGGAAAAGAGUGUGGUAGAGACAGGACCAAGACAGUCUCAGGGACCAAUACUUGCCUCUGCUUAUCAGAUAGCCACUCAAAGAGACAAUGGUAGCCAACGGAAGGUUCAGCUUAAAUUACCACAGCAAUUUACUGAGUUUAUGCUGUACUUGGUGUCAGGGGUGCAUACCAAGCCAUAACAGAGUCAGGGACUGCCAAACUUGCACCAUAGGACCAAGAUUAAUUUUUCUGGGGGUGCAUCUACUUCCACCUCCAUAGCCACUGCUUCUACAAGAGAGUCAGAAGGAUGAGACUCUUGAAUCUGGGGUUUGAGAAGAAUAAGGAUACAAGGGAAGGGGAAGGUACUGUUGGGAAGGGUGCAGGGGUCAGGUAGGUUGAGCAAGGAGUAGGGGAUGGGUAACCAGCCAGAGAACUCCUGGGUAAGGGGAAUCUAACCCUUCUGGAAGUUCAAAUCUCUUUGGCUCAGUACCUAACUGCCAAACAACACACUGCCAAUGAGAGUGGGCAAAACCACCAGGAUGCCUGGAGCAAGCAGGUGGAUACUGCCCAUCCUUAAAGCAAGCCAACUAGGAGUAGAGAGACGAGUCAUGGGCUCCAAGCCAGCUGAAACCAAGGGUGGUGGUGUAUAGUUCUGCAGCUUGCAGUGACCAGUUUUCAUCAACUGGCACGUGCCCUCUUCUUUCACAGUGCACAGACAAGGGACUUGGCUUUUGUGAAGUCUCCUAACGUUUGGGGGUUGGAGUGGCUACGUGUGAGAUCCCCCCCCAUAAGGUUGUACUAAUAAGCUGCCUCUUAAAGAAGUAAAGUUUCUUGGGGUCUUUUCUUUUCUGCCCUGACGGAAUGGGGUCCAGGGAAAGUAAUGCCUGUCUCUGGAUCUCACGGGCUGAGUCAGGAGCCAUUUCUGCCCCAGGUACUUGCCCUCAUGAGCACUUUCUUUUGAAGCCAUUUAGACCCUCCUCCAGGGUCUCUGGGCUUGAGGUUUGGAACAAAACUUGGCUUCUGUGAGGUGGGGUGGGGAACUGUGAGAUGUUCCAACAGGAGCUGUUGCUCAAGCUUGCUUCUUAGCUUAUGCCAGCAAACUGCUCUCUUGCUGCAGUGUGGGCUCCGGGCUCUGCUCCUGGCUGAAUGCUCCCACUGCUGUGCUCUCAGUCUCUCCUGCUCUCCCAGAACCCCCUCCUCACAUCCCGUCUGCCUCUGCCUCCUAAUUAAGGGCCACUGCAAAGAAAGACUGGCUGGCUAACCUGUGGGAUUCAGCUCAUCAGAACAAAGCACAAUAUUUCAGGACUGAAAAUGCCUUGUGGUGCCUUGGAACUGGCUUUGGAAAUAGCUGUCUGCCCCUCCAGCCACGGACUCAUCAGCUAGUCCCACUUUACCAAGUGGGAAAAGCCGAUUUGGUCCACAUUUCCCUGUGAGUCUCCUUGGGAAAGUUGGGCUGCUACAUACCUACAAGAUCAGGUUAAGCAGGUAGAUGGGUGGAACUACCAAUCAGGUCCAAAGAAGUUAGUCCCAGGCCACAGGAAUGGCUUGGUGCAGUUGGAACGGGUGACAAAUUAAGAAAACUUUUUUUCCUACAUAUGUCUUAAGAAUAGACAGCCUUGCUGUGCCUCUUGCUAAUGUCUUCCUUUAUUGAAGCUUGCUGAUGCGAUUGUACACUAGCCUUUCUCUAUAGGUAGAGAUAUAUUAUAUAUACAAAUAAAACAUCUCACUAUGCCCACCCCAAAAGUUAUACUGUUUGGGGGAGGGGAGGGUGUAAUCACUUCUCAGUGUUUCCUAGUACCAAAGGUUCAUUAUGGAAUGUUCUUUAUGCUUUUUAGGGGAGAACCCAGCCACAUAGCAAGUGCUUAUGCGGGCCUAGGUUCUACCUCCUGUUUGUUGGUUAGGAGGGGAUAGAAGCUUAAGCAAAUGGCUUUCUGUGACCUGACUGCUGGGAGCAGGCCGGACUUCUUUAGCAGUUUGUCGGAUUGCUUGGAUCUAUUGGCUGCAAUAAACACACUGUCUCCCCAGAA